UCGAUCAAUCCUCAAAAUCCUCCCGUCUCACGAAAAUAAAAAUGCAGACCACAAUCAGCCGACUCGUUAGAUUCAAUCUUCACAUUUACGGUAUCUGGCCGUACGUACCGUCCACUGUGCUAUUUAGAUUGUACUGGAUAAUAAUGCUAAGCACGGCUCAAGUCUUUCAGUACCGAUACGUCAUAGUGAACAUUCAUAUGGACGACUUCUCGGAAUUAAUGGAUGGAAUAGGUAGCGCGAUGGCUUCCUCCCUACUUUACAUCAAACUCGUUCUUCUUUGGUCCAAUCAACGAAUAUUUUUCGAUCUGUUACAAAUGAUGUCCGCGGACUGGCAGGAUCGGCAGGACACUAUAAAUUCGCGAGUAAUGACAGAAACGCAAAAUGCCGCACAACGCGCCUCGAGAUGGAUCAUUGGUCUGCAGAUAUUCGCUGUAAUUAAUUACACUGCUGGCGUCCUUGCCAAUAACUUGGAUAAAGAGGAACCCUACAAACGGGAACUUAUCUUGAAGAUGGAAUUACCAUUCAAUAUUAGUACGAAUUCUAUUUACACGGCGGUUCAAAGUGUUCAAUUUUAUCACUUGUUUUUCGUCGCCUGCGGCAUCACGACGAUCAACUCGCUUCUCGUUACUCUCAUUCUUCACAUCAGUGGUCAAAUCGAUAUUUUUCGCGAACGAUUGAUGAAAGCUUUUUCUAAGAGUGUGAUAGAUUCGGAGGAGAUUACGAUGCAAUCAUUGAUCGUGAAGCAUCAAAAAAUUAUCGUAUUUUCGGAAAGCAUCGAGAAUCUUUUCACAUAUAUCGCGUUUAUGAUACUUUUAUCCGACACAAUCAUCAUAUGUUGUCUCGGAUAUGUUAUCGCAACCUCGUUAGAUAUGCCCAACGUUGCAGCAAUUUUGGUGAAGUCUGUGGUGUUUUAUAUUACAAUAAACUUCGAGGCAUUUAUAUACUGCUUGUCUGGCGAGUAUCUGAGCGCCAAGAGUAAAAUGAUCGGGAAUGCAGCGUAUGAUUCUCUCUGGUACAACUUACCGUCCAAACAAAGUCGGAUUAUAUUAUUUAUCAUUUUAAGAUCGCAGAAAAGAUUGACAAUCACGAGUGGAAAAAUCAUGGAUCUCUCUUUGGAGCGUUUUACUAGCGUUAUAAAAGCUUCAGCAUCAUAUCUAUCACUAUUAUUAGCGAUGUACUGAAGGUAAGUAAGAUGUUUUGCGACAAUGGGUGUAAUAAUAAUAUGAAGCUAUAGUUCAUGAAUACAGCAGUAGUAGAGAGUAAUUGUAACAAUAAUAUGAAGCAAUAGUUUUAUGAAUAGUAGAGAGUACAUAGAGUGAUAUAUAAGAUAAAAAUAUAUCAAGCUUAUUUUAAUGCUUCUCCAUUUAUUUCCCAG